ACGAUCUGCCGAAGCGAAAUGUAUCUCUCGGGGAAAAUAUUGGAACUGACCGUCGGUCUGGUCAUCAUUUUGAUAUUCGCAGACCCUUGGUAUUUGCUUCCGGAUGCAUAUUCACCACUCAAAAGAUGGGGAAGGUCUCUGAUGAUUACCGCAUCCGGAGUUCUGCUUUUCGGAACUCUGUAUGCCAAAAAGCAACAUAGAGCCAACAUUCUUCUAUUUUGGUUGGGUGCUUUAGUCGCUUUCAUUACCACAAUAAUCUAUGAAAUCAGGAAAGGUGAAGAAUAUUUGUUAAUCUUUCUGCUUGUAGUCAUGGGCCUUCUGAUUUACAGGGUCUAUAACGCCGAGAUCGAGACACCCACAAAUUCACUAGAAAAUGAAACUAAAGCUGAGAAAACAGAUGACAAAAAGAAAGUACCCGAACCUUCGGCUCCAGAGGACACAAACCCACCUCCAUACGAAGUCAAAGGGCAAACAGUUCAGAUUGUUUGAAACGAACAUCUCGAAGUUUUUUUCUAAAGCCAUUAUGAAUUUUAAGGGGCUUUUUAUUGUAAAGAAAAAAUAUCUUAUGGAUGCCUUACUAUCCCUGCUUAAAUGUCCUAAAAGCCUAACCUAAAUCAAAUGAAAAAGCUAACACUGUAACAAAACUUCUUAAGUAAUUUAUAGAUGUGUAUUUUUUUAAUAUCUUAAUUUCGGAUCUGAGAUAAAGUGCUAACAAAAAAAGUGUA